CCCCCUGAUUGAACUAUCAAUACAUUCAACCCUUUGUACAUUAAAAACACCCUUUUAUCAUCUUUCGUACAAUUAAAACUAAAAAAAUCGAACUCUACCGUCAUUUUGUUUGUUAAGAGUAUGAGAUUGUGCCACCCCAGUACAUGGGAAACCUGAAUUAACCAUUUUGGGUUCAAACAAUGUGUGAAAAGACGGAGAUCUGAGCAUGAUGAAUGAACCCAAUUGGCUGUUCUUCUCCCAGAUAGCCGUUCUGCCACGGCCUGUCCUAUCCGGCAUGACCUGGGUGAUUGAAAUGUGCAGGGUGAACUACCCUGGAGAAGGAAAAAGGUCGUGCGUAACUGCCCUCCAAUCACUUUUCAAGAUAUUUGACUUUUGUAUGAAUCAAUUCCACCAGAAAUAAAAUAAGAAAGUGCAAUUAUUGCAUCAGACAGCGGUUAUACGCAUAAUUUUGAGUUGGUUUGAACCCGUAGUAAUUAUCUAAUCGAUGGAUCGCCAAAUGAUUGUGUCUUAAUGGAUAAUUAAUAGAACAACGGCACCACUAUCGCUGGUGCAUUAUCUUCGUUAAUGGUUGUUUCAUCAUUCCUUGAUAAUUACAAAAAGAAGCAGUAUAAAUAUCGUAGUGAAGCGACACUAGAUCAACAUUAAAUCGCAGUGAACCGAGACUGAAAAAAGGGAGAACUAUAAAAUAGCGCAUUGAUACAAAUAUUGUGUGUGGUCCUCAAUUCUAUUUGCUUAUUCGAUAAUGUCGACCAUUCGAAAUCUUCAAUUUCUUCUGUGGGGAGUUCUUAUGGCCACCAAUGUCAUAAGUGCCCCAGCCGAUAAUUUUGAUGUGCUAGUGUAUGCCCAGCACUGGCCAAAAACGAGCUGUUACGCUUUUAAGCAGAGAAACGGAAAUGACUGUACUUUUACUAAGUACAACCGAUGGUCAAUCCACGGGCUCUGGCCGUCGAGUAUCCGCGGGAGUUAUCCAGAAUACUGCAAAAAUGGACCAGAAUUCAAUAUGAACAGUGUACGCCCACUGAUCCAUGAACUCAGAAUGAAGUGGAAGACUAUCAACUCAAAAAUAUCGCCCGAAUCAUUCUGGGACUAUCAAUGGAAGAAACACGGCGUGUGCGCCACUUCGGCAACGAAAUUGGAAACUCCACAGAAGUAUUUCAAAAAGGCGCUAGAGCUCAACAGUCAAUAUGACAUUGAAAUAAUAUUGAAGAAAGCUAAGAUCAUCCCCGGAAAGUCUUACUCUUAUCAGGACAUCACCAAUACACUCCGAAGACAUCUGAAAUAUCAUAGUCAGAUUAUCUGCUAUGAAACUCCGGGGGCGUCUUAUCUUCGGGAGAUCCGGAUCUGUUUCAACAAGUUCCUGAAGGUAGUCGAUUGUCCACCAGUAAAAACCUGUGCAUCGCCGAUGAACAUCAUCUAUCCCGAUACAUUACCGAAAUACUAAUGCGGAUGCUGUAUUUUUAUUACUGUACCUGAUUACGACGUACCUGAAUGUUCUGCAAAAUGAUAAUAUGAAUUAUUUUAUGUA